GUGAAUGUUAAACCCUAAACCCUAGCUCCACCGGCCGCCGAAAGCAUGAAUCACCUUCUUCGUCUUGUCCGUCCAAAGCCAAAUUACAUUCCGAGGAGCUUCUCUUUUCACUCAAAAAGGAACGUACCGUCGGCGUUGGACCCCUACGACACUCUGCAGCGUCGAGUAGCGAGGGCCGGCGAUCCCUCAGCUUCGAUUGUCAGAGUGUUGGAAGGAUGGCUUGACGAGGGGAAUACAGUCAAGACUACGGAGCUCCACUCCAUCGUCAAGAUGCUCCGCAAGUUCAGCCGCUUCUCCCACGCCCUCCAGAUAUCAGAUUGGAUGAGUGAGCAUAGAGUUCACGAUAUCUCUGACGGAGACGUAGCCAUUCGCCUUGAUCUAAUUGCCAAAGUCAAUGGUCUGAGAGAAGCAGACAAGUUUUUCGAAAAGAUUCCUAUCGGAAAGAGGAACUACCAUCUCUACGGCGCGCUCUUAAACUGCUACGCAAGCAAGAAAGUCUUGCACAAAGCUGACCAAUUGUUCCAGACGAUGAAAGAGCUCGGCUUCCUAAGAGGUUGUCUUCCUUACAACGUCAUGCUCAACCUCUACAUCAGGUGCGGCAAAUACACUAUGCUCGAGAAGCUUCUCCGUGAGAUGGACGAUGAGAACGUCAAGCCCGACAUCUUCACUGUGAACACGCGCCUUCACGCCUACUCCGUUGUAGCUGACGUGGAGGGAAUGGAGAAGUUUCUUAUGAGCUGCGAGGCUGACACUGGACUAGAGCUUGACUGGCGCACUUACGCCGAUGCUGCUAACGCCUACAUUAAAGCUGGUUCGACCGACAAGGCCGUGGAGAUGCUGCGUAAAUCGGAGCAGUUGGUGAAUCCUCAGAAGAGAAAGCAAGCCUACGAGGUUCUCAUGUCAUUCUACGGCGCUGCGGGUAUGAGACAAGAGGUCUACCGUCUCUGGACCUUGUACAAGGAGCUCGACGGGUUCUACAACACUGGAUACAUAAGCGUCAUCAGCGCGCUCUUCAAGGUGGAUGAUGUCGAGGGUGUUGAGAAGAUUAUGGGAGAGUGGGAAUCUGGACAUUCUUUAUUCGAUGUCCGGAUCCCGCACUUGUUAAUAACGGGUUACUGUAAGAAGGGGAUGAUGGAGAAGGCGGAGGAAGUAGCGAAGAUGGUUGUUCAGGAGACGAGCACGUGGGAGAGGUUAGCUCUGGGUUACAAGAUGGCGGGGGAGAUGGAGAAGGCGGUGGAGAGAUGGAAGAAGGCGAUAGAGGUAAGUCAGCCAGGGUGGAGACCACACCAGGUUGUGCUGAUGAGCUGUGUGGAUUAUGUAGAGGGUCAAAGAGACAUGGAGGGUUUGAGAAACAUCCUGAGGAUGCUUAGCGAGCGAGGACACAUUUCCUACGAUCAACUACUUUACGAUAUGAAGGGAGGUGGAGGACUGGGUUGGAAGAUAGUCGAUGCAAUGGGAACAAGACGGUACAACAUUGAGGAACCACAAGUAAGGUCGUAGCCAGAACAAACAUUGGAGUCUUGCUUGACAGACCAUUUUGAUACUAAAAUUCCAUAUAUCAUGAGUUUUUUUUAUGAGCGUAAGAAGGGGUUAGUUAACAAAUUCGAAAGGCCUGAUAUGCAAAUCCAUAGUGCACUUUGAUUGUUUGGGUCAAAAGACUCUAUAACCGUCACAACAUGCGCAUACGGCUGAAAUAUCAAAUGAUCUAAUAAGCGUAAAGCGUAUAAAGUUGAGAUUAACACCACAUCAUCAUCCAAAACUCAUGUGCAAUAUUAAGAGUUCUCAUCAUAUCCAUCAUUGAACAAGAAGAAAAGGAAUAGCGACACCCAACCAAGUCAUUAAUUAGGCCGAAGAAGACAAUUACAAAUGAAGAAAAAGACCCACAAAUGUAUGAAGAAGACAAAGUUUGCUGUAUCUGGUGGAAGAAAGGAAAAAAAAGGAACAAAGACAAAGAUGUAGGAGAGAAUGAAGGAGGAAAUCAUCGACGAAGCUUUUUGACUUUGGACCAUCCCUUCUUGCAAGAUUUGCCCACGACUUUGAUACCUUUCUUCAACAGAAGCUUCAGCUCAAUUGCCCUCAUCUUCACCUUAUCCUCGAAUGCUCCCAUCUUCUUCCUUCCUUG